AUGCCGCUUUUCAAGCAACCGAUUUCUCGUCUACGUCGUCGUCCUGCCAAGUAUUUCCCCGAACUACCAAGCUCAGAUGUCGCGAAGCCUAUGAGCGAUGAACUUGACAGGCUUGUCAGUACAGUUCGUGAAUCAAUUCCCAGAAAGUUAUUCAUAGCAGAGCUGUUGCCGUUCCUCGCUCUCUACAGACGUUAUAGAUCUGAACUGUCCGAAGGACCUGCCUUAGAUUGGCAGCAAGUUAAACCGUUAGAAGGGAGCCAAAUGAUCCCUUACGAUCGUCUUUCUCAGAAACCAGAGUCGCCUACACCAACUCCCCUGGAUAAACUUGCGGUUUUGAAGGUCAAUGGUGGUCUCGGGACUUCUAUGGGUAUGAAUGGGGCCAAGAGUGCCCUUGAAGUUCAAAACAAACUCACCUUUUUGGACUUGGUCGUCCAGCAAAUCGAACAUCUCAACGCCACGUACCACACAGAGGUUCCUCUCAUUUUGAUGACAUCUUUCAACACCGAAGACGAUACCCUUCGGAUUGUGAAGAAAUAUGCUAAUCGCAAAGUCAAGAUCACAACUUUCAACCAAUCGAGAUAUCCUCGUAUCUUAAAAGAAACAUUGUUGCCAUUUGCCAAAAGCGUGCUCGAGGGAAAAUCUGCUUGGUACCCUCCAGGGCACGGAGAUUUGUACAAUUCAUUGCACCGGUCCGGAGUCCUUGACAAUCUACUUGCCCAGGGAAAGGAAUAUUUAUUUGUUUCGAACUCGGAUAACCUUGGAGCAGUUGUCGAUCCAGUAAUUCUUCACCACAUGAUGGACACAAAAAGCGAAUUCGUCAUGGAAGUGACAGAAAAAACCAAAGUUGAUACUAAGGGCGGCAUAUUGAUUAAUUAUGAUGGGAACAUCCGUCUGCUUGAGACAACGCAAAUCCCAGAGGAACAUGCAGAGGAGUUUAAUCAAUCCCGCAGUUUUAGAAUGUUCAACACUAAUAACCUAUGGAUCAACUUAAAAGCAUUGAAACGAUUACUCGAGGCGGGUGACAUGACUCUAGAUAUCAUAUGUUCUUCCAAGUCAUUGGAUGAUGGUCGCUGCGUUCUCCAGCUGGAAACAGCUGCUGGUUCCGCAAUCCGACACUUCCAAAAUGCCCAUGGUGUUCUUGUUCCGCGGGCUAGGUUUUUACCUGUGAAAGAUUGCUCAGAUCUUCUUCUCGUUCAAAGUGAUGUCUUUUCCCUCCAACAUGGACGCCUUAUCAUGAACGAGAGCCGAAUGUUUGGCACACCUCCCGUGAUCAAGCUUGGAGGUCAUUUCAGAAGGAUUCAGCAGUUUCAAAAACGAUUCAAGCAAAUUCCUCAUCUCGUCGAACUGGAUCAUUUGACUGUAGCUGGGGACGUCUACUUUGGACGGGAUGUAACGCUUCGUGGCACGUCGUUGCAAAUGAAGGCCAGCGUAUAG